UUGUGAAGAGAAACCUGUUCAAACACAUGAGGUCCUGCACGGAGAACAGGAAGAACGAAAAGGAAUCCGAGUACGGAAGAAAGCGGAUCGCAUCGAAGUGCGUGCUGGCGUCUGUGGACUGUGAAAGCCGCGGCAUCAGCGACGUUUCCAGGAGCAUUCUGAGCGAUAUGAUCUACGACGACGUGACGCGAGCUGUGAUGGACGACCGGAUCAUCUUGCAGUUUGGGGAAUACAUGCACAAUUAUUACGGCCGUGACGCGAACAAGCAGGCAUACAUAAGACAACACCUCCGUCAGAUAGCGAGACUUGUGCUCGAGGCUCAGAAAACAACCCCAAUGCAAAAGCUGGAGGACUUCUUUCAUCCCUCGAACUUCCGACACGUGCUGGCUGCAGUGAACGUCCUGGCAGGCUAUGAUUCAGAAACCAAACGAUACGCCUCUCCUUCAGUUGCGAUCAAGCUUGGUCACAGCCUGCAGAAGACCUGCAGUAUUGUUGAGAAUAAUGCCGUAAAGUCUGGUGAUACAAAGCAGGCCGAGUCUGCUAGAAAAUUCCUCUCUGUGUACCAGAAGAAAUGGACCAAACUUGUUUCUUCAGCCGCGUUAAAAAGCCUCCGAGAAAGUAAAUCAAACAAAGCAAAGCAGGUGCCCGUUGCUCAGGACGUAAAGCGCUUGUAUUUCCACUUGGAGAAGGUUCAUCUCACGGCUGAGAAGAAUCUGAGAGACGGCGUUUCUACUGGAAACUAUGUCGCUCUUGCCCGCGUAAUGCUCGCCCGGACAAUCCUCUUCAACAGGAGAAAGCCUCGGGAGGUGUCCACAAUCCAGCUGAUGGAUUUCACGUCACGAAUAAUGUCUGACGCGCCUGAUGACUUGGACCCAUCUGUCACAGAGUUGGAAAAAGUGAUGUGUAGGUUCUUCACCAGAGUGGACGUACGAGGGGACGGUGGGAGGAAGGUCCCAGUUUUCCUGAAGCCCUCGUUUGUGUCGGCUCUGGAGCUUCUCGCCGAGUCUCGUGAGGCGUGCGGGGUCCCCGGUAAGAAUCCCUUCCUCUUCGGCCGACCAAACACUCUGUCGACCUACAGGGGGUCGGAAUGCAUCCAAGGAUUUAUCAGAGACUGUGGAGCCCAGAUCUCUGAAGUACUGACUUCAAAAAACAUCCGUAAGCAUUUUGGAAAAAUGCUGCAGCUGAUGAACCUGGAUGAAAAUGAAGCAACUCAAAUUUUUGGGCCCAAUAACAAAAUCCAGAUCCUGCGGCAGUGCAACGACUCCACGCUGGAUGAUAUUGAAGUGGAGUCUGAAGCAGAGAUGUUGAAACACGGUGAGGAUGGACCAGCAGCUUUUUAUCUUCAGGCACCCGGAGGACACUCCAAAAAAUCUGUCAGAGAUUCCCAUCUUAAAACCAAACACACGUGGGGGGAGGCAGAGGUCCGUGCUGUAGAGAGACACUUGAUGCGCUUCAUUCAGGAGCACAAGGUGCCCCAGAAGGACGACUGCAUCAAGUGUCUUGAGGCCGAGUCAAAAGCUCUGAGGAACCGCUCGUGGAAAGGUGUAAAGGACUACGUCAGGAACAGGAUCACCACCCUGAAAAGACAAAGUGACUGUUCCCAGGAUUCACCGAGCAGCAGCAAAAGACCCAGAAAAGCGGACCCCCAGCAGAAAAGACCGCCUACGAGUGGACAGGCUGGCUCACGGGAUCAUGAUAACGUCUCCAGUGCCGGCAGUGCAGCAGCGUCUUCUUAUCAUCAACCAGCUCACGGAGGAGCAACAAGCUCCAGCAAGACUAAACGUCCCAAAUCUGCCAAAUCAAGUGGACGAGAUUUCCACCUUAAAACCAAACACACGUGGGGGGAAGCAGAGGUCCGUGCUGUGGAGAGACACAUGAUGAGUUUGAUUCAGGAGCACAAGGUGCCCCAGAAGGACGACUGCAUCUGGUGUCUUGAGGCCGAGCCAGAAGCUCUGAGGAACCGCUCGUGGAAAGGUGUAAAGGACUACGUCAGGAACAGGAUCACCACCCUGCAGAGACAAAGUGGAUUCUCCCGGGAUUCAUCGAAAAGCAGGAAAAGGCCCAGAAAGGCGGACCCCCAACAGAUGAGACAGUCUGUAAGCAGGCAGCACGCUGGCUCAUGGGAUCACAGUGACUCCUCCAGUGCAGGAGAUGGAGCAGCUCCUCCUUAUCAUCAACAAGGACGUGGAGGAACAACGCGCUCCAGCAAGAAUGCACGUCCCAGACCUGUCAAAUCAGGUGGACGAGAUUCCCACCAUAAAACCAAACACACGUGGGGGGAGGCAGAGGUCCGUGCUGUGGAGAGACACAUGAUGAGUUUGAUUCAGGAGCACAAGGUGCCCCAGAAGGACGACUGCGUCAGGUGUCUUGAGGCCGAGCCAGAAGCUCUGAGGAACCGCUCGUGGAAAGGUGUAAAGGACUACGUCAGGAACAGGAUCACCACCCUGCAGAGACAAAGUGACUGUUCCCAGGAUUCACCAAAAAGCAGGAAAAGGCCGAGACGAGCAGAGGAGAGUUCAGCAUGUUACCAACAGCUGUAGAUCUGAUGUGUUGUUCAUAGUCAAAGCUGUGUUUGUUUCCAGUGUCUUCAUCUUUCUGUUAAUCUCUAUAUCACUGUCUCUCAUCACAUUAGGAGAAUAUCUAUCAUCAUUGCCAGUAAAAGGUUAUUAAUGACCAUUUUUCAUUUUUAUUUGCAGCUGUUUUUUCAAAUUUGUUUAACAGACUGUUCAUGGACACAAAAUCAGUUUUAUUCAGAAUGAGCUGAAUGCUGUUCUGGGGUACUGUGACCAAUUUUGAAUACACUAUCUGGUUAUUUGUUUGGUUCACUGGCACAUGAUACUUCAUUUGAUUUUGUUAAAUAAAUUCACAAAAAUAAAGUGCCAAGAAUGA